GAUUCCAGAAGGCAUGAGGUAUCAUGGUAAGACUGUGAAAGUACUAUUUACUCUACAAUGGUGAGGAGUCCUCAUCAAAAUCAAAAAAUCUAAUUUCUUUUACAGGACCCAGAUGCUAUACAGUGGGAAAACCAGCCUGGCAACAUAGUGCGUAUUAAUAAAAGGACACCACAUCCUGCCAAAUUCCAGCUGCGCUAAUUGUAUUGUGUUCACAGAGCUCACAAGCUAUCAGAAAGUUGUAUGGCAACCACCUCUGGCGCCAAAUAGAACUGGCAGACAUAGACAUUCAGUACAAGAAGAAAAAGAUGGAAAAUCUUGCACUGGAGUCCGAAAUAAAAAAGAGGACAAUUAGGAAACUGGACCUUGAAAUAAAAAAACUUGAGAGGGAGGUGAGAUAUGCCUUCAAUGUACACUGUAUGCUAACUGUAACACAAAUGUAUUAAUCAUUAUUUGUAUUUCCUCCCCCAGCUCCAAGAAGAUGACACAGCUCAAAAUAAAAAUUAGCAAUCAGUACAACCAAGUCAUCGUUAUAAGGCAUCGCCCUCUUUUGCCCACCCCCCCAGCACCAGGUGUGGCCACUAGCCUAUAUGAAGGCCCAAAAUUGUGUGUUCCUUUCUGCUCUGACAAUGGCAUGCCCAUUCGUGCGAGAUGUGGUGGAUGAAGAAGCACUUGUGCUGAGGAGAGCCUUCAGGCGAGAAAGGGUCUUCAGGGACCGGUUGGACCCACUGGCCUUCCCUGACGACCAUCUAUAUGAAAGAUACAGGUUUUCUGCAGAUGGCAUCAGGUAUCUAUGCAGACUACUGGGUCCCAGGAUUAAGCACCGCACUGCACGGAGCCAUGCACUGAGUGUGGAGCAAAUGGUUUGUGUGGCCUUGCGCUUUUUUGCUAGUGGAGCCUUCCUGUACUCAGUGGGGGAUGCAGAACAGCUGAACAAGGCCACAAUUUGCCGCACAAUAAGGAGUGUGUGUCUGGCUAUCAAAGCAUUAGCAGAUGUCUUCAUCUCCUUCUCUGGCCACAGAAGACUCUGUGACAUCAAAGAGGAGUUCUAUAGGAUUGCAGGUUUCCCCAAUGUCAUUGGUGCAGUGGACUGCACACACAUAAGGAUAAAAGCCCCCUCAGGUGCCCAUGAGGCCGAUUUUGUGAAUAGGAAAUCCUUUCACAGCAUUAAUGUUCAGAUGGUCUGCAAUGCUGACUGUGUGAUCAGCAAUGUUGUGGCAAAAUGGCCUGGCUCAGUCCAUGACUCCAGAAUCUUUCGGGCCUCUGAAAUCUAUCAGUGCCUAUCACAAGGUGAAUUCUCUGGUGUGUUGCUGGGAGACAGGGUGUAUGGCUGCCAGCCUUUUCUCCUGACACCUUUCACAGACCCCCAGGAAGCACAGCAGGCCUACAACCAUGCCCAUGCCAGGACCAGGGCCAGAGUUGAAAUGACCUUUGGCCUCCUGAAGGCACGCUUUCACUGCCUUCACAAAUUAAGGGUCAGCCCUGUUAGGGCAUGUGAUAUUACUGUGGCUUGUGCUGUCCUCCACAAUGUGGCCUGCCUGAGGAAGGAGAGGGCCCCCAGAGUGCCACCAGCCAUGGACUGGGACAAUCCGGCAAUCUUCCCUGAUGACGACAGUGGUCGGCUGCUGAGGGACCAAUAUGUGUUGAAUUAUUUUAGUUAGUAUGUGUGCUUUCAAUUUUGGUUAAAUAUGUCCUGCGGUGGCAGAGGAAUUUGGGUUU